UGUUCGUAAGGUAUCGACAACUUCCGGUUUCUAUAAGAGGUAAAAAGAGAAGGAAAAUAAGAGAUGGCUCACUACAAGGGAGCAGCAUCAGAGGGUGGGCGUGCCCAGAUCUUGAUGAAGAAGCGACAAAAAGAGCAAGAGGAAAUGGAAAUAAAGAGAAAGAAAAUAGAGGAGGACCUUAGUGUGGGCAGUAUACAAAAUAAAUUUGCCAGUCACUACGAUGCUGUAGAACAACAGCUUAAAUCUAACACUAUAGGUUUGGUUACGCUGAAUGAGAUGAGGGCAAAGCAAGAGACAUUGAUAAAACAACGAGAGAAACAGCUUGCCAAGAAAGAUGCAGAGGCAAGGCUUAUAGAGAAAGAAAAAGAAGACAAAAAACGGAAAGAGAAAAUGAAGAUUGCAGCCUUAUCAUUUGAUCCUGAUGAAGACGAGGAUGAAGAUGAUGAUGAUGAGGAGGAGGAGGAGGAAAAAGUACCAGUGAAAAAGGAACCAGAGUUCACAGAAAGUAAAAUUAGAAAGAAACGUCUUGGUAUGAAUCCAGAUGUGGACACCAGUUUCCUGCCCGACAGAGAUAGGGAAGAAGCUGAAAAUAAACUCCGAGAACAGAUUGCCCAAGAAUGGAUGCAGAAGCAGGAACAUGUGAAAAAUGAAGAGAUAGACAUUACAUAUAGUUACUGGGACGGUUCAGGCCAUAGGCGACAAGUACGCAUGAAGAAAGGAAACAGCAUUCAACAGUUCUUACAGAAAUGUCUGGAGACACUUCGACGAGAAUUCAAUGACUUAAAAGCAGUGACUGUUGAUCAGCUUAUGUAUGUGAAAGAAGACUUGAUAAUUCCUCACCAUUAUACAUUUUACGAUUUUAUUGUUACAAAGGCACGUGGUAAAAGUGGCCCUCUCUUUAACUUCAAUGUGAAAGACGAUAUUCGGUUAAUUAACGAUGCCUCAGUAGAGAAGGAGGAGUCUCAUGCUGGUAAAGUUUGCAUCCGGAGCUGGUAUGAGAGGAGUAAGCACAUAUUUCCGGCUAGUCGGUGGGAGCCGUAUGAUCCGGAGAAAAAAUGGGACUCGUAUUCUGUUUCUGAUAAAAAUGCUGCCAAAAUUACUGUGAAAUAAAGAAAUUUUAUGUUACAUACUUGCAGGCUCGGAUAAAAUGUGGUGUGAAUGUUCAGUAUUUAUGUAAAAAUAGUCAUAUGAAUUCCUUCUUAUUGUUUUGAGGUAGUAAUCUAAUGGUGAAUGUAUUUUUAUGACCAGUUUAACUGGCCUUUAUAGCUCGACUAUACAAAGUAUGUGGAGAGCUAUCCUACUUGCCCGGCAUCGGUAUAUGGUAAACAUUUUGAUGCACUUUUACUUUAUCUGUUUUAUGACUUAGUUUAUUCCUAAUCAUCACAUGCAUCAUAUGACACAAGGUCUAGAACUCUCACACCAAUAUUUUAAGAAUUAUAUCCCCUUUUUAGCUCACCUGUCACAAAGUGACAAGGUGAGCUAUUGUGACCGCUUGAUGUCCGUCGUGCGUCGUCCGUCAACAAUUUGUAAACAAAUCUUCUUCUUGAAAACCACUGGGCAGAAUUACACCAAACUUCACAGGAAUGAUCCUUGGGUGGCCCCCUUUCAAAAUUGUUCAAAGAAUUGAAUUCCAUGCAGAACUCUGGUUGCCAUGGCAACCGAAAGGAAAAACUUUAAAAAUCUUCUUCUCAAAAACCAGAAGCCCUAGAGCUUAGAUAUUUGGUGUGAAGCAUUGCCUAGUGGACCUCUACCAAGUUUAUUCAAAUAAUGACACCGGGGUCAAAAUUGACCCCGCCCCAGGGGUCACUUGAUUUUACAUAAGAAAAUCUUAAAAAAUCUUCUUCUCAAAAACCAGAAUCCUUAGAGCUUAGAUAUUUGACAUGUAGCAUUGUCUAGUGGACCUCUACAAAAAGUUUUCAAAUCUUGUUUUUAAAGUUACUUUAAGAAAAUUUCAACUAUAUUUUCUUUUGAUUGAUUUUUAUUAUGAUCUUUUGACCUUGAAGACUUGUCCUUAAGUGCAAUGAUAACGGGUGAGCGAUAUAGGGCCAUCAUGGCCCUCUUGUUAUGUAGUAUGCCCUGAAAUCCUGUGUGUCCCACCUCUCCCUUUUUUCAAACUUUCACAGAUAACAACAGAUCUGUUUAUAUCUACGGAUUGUCCGUAGUUUCUACGAAUUUGCGUUUGAAAAUACGGACCACGAUUUACCAGAAAAUACUACGGAGAUCGGCCAGAUCAAAAUGAUGCAAAAUCGCGAGUGGCGAAAAUAGAAAUGUCUACAUAUAACUUCGUUCUAAAUCAUAACAUUUCUAGAAUUUUGACUUGUUCGGAUAAUUUGCCUUAGAUUCAGGUCGCAAAAAAUCGAUACCGAUACCCAUUCUGCGUUUAUGUAACUGUGUAAAUAAACAUUAAAGUUUGCAAUCAGUUAGCGGAUCAAUUAUCAGGAGAAGAAGCUCUUACUGGUUUGUUUUAAUUACUACUGAUAAAAUAAUUUUAUUCCUUUAAUUUUCGAGAAAUAAACAAAUCAGCGAAACAUUAAAUUGUAUUUUCUUUUAGUUUUUGAAAUCGAAAGUAGAGAUCGUCUGCUGUCUGUGAAACUGCAAUUUUUCAUGAAAUGAUUUCAAUAAGAGGUGAUGUCACCAUAGACUUUAAUGUCAGAUACUGCCAAAUGCUGCUAAAUUGUCUAAGUAUCAUCACAAUUUGUAAAACAUAUUGUUGAAACUGGAGAUUUGGGCGGUAUUUAGAAAAGUUAAUCGUAUCAGGAUAUACUAUUUUUGGAUAAACAUCGAGAAGCUGUAUUCUGAAAUUUUAACAUUCAAGUAACAGACAUGAUAGAUAUUAUUGUAACUGAAAUGAUUCUAGAAUUUAUUUUUAUAACACAUACAUAUAUCAGACUUG